CUUAUCUUUCCCUGUUGUCAGUGGGGAAAUGAAGAACAAGAACAGUGCAAUGCAAAGAACAGAAUCUGCCUGGGAUGCAACUACACAGCCAGAGCAUAAAAGGAGGCAUUUGAAGAAUGUAGUGACGCUAAAACCCACAGAGAAGCAGUUGCAUCAUCAGCCAUUUGAGCCCCAAAUCACAAAGUGUGGUCCCCACUACCAACUGCUUUCAGAGAUUGGGCGUGGCGGCUUUGGUUUUGUGUAUGAAGCAGUGAACCGCUACUCAGGAAAGCAUGUAGCAGUGAAAAAGAUCCCCUGUGAUGGACCUGAGAAGCUGGAGCUCGCACUGCGUGAGUUUUGGGUGUUUAACAGCUUUGGACAGACACAUGAGAAUAUAGUUGAGUUUGAGGAGUGUGUACUGCAGUGCAACGGGAUAGGGCAGAGACUGAAACACAGCAGCCAGUGCUCAGACCUUUUCCUGCAGCUCAUAGAGACAUCGCUAAAAGGCCAUCUUGAGAUGCCAGUUUCUGUAAGUUUAACCCAGCUAAUACAUUCAGAGGUUUUGGUUCUUGCAGAAGUGCACCAUUAA